GAGAAGCGCGGGUACUUCUUCGUCCUAACGUUGACGGGCGACAGCGACGAGCACCGCCUCAGCCCGGCCGCAAUCGCCGACGUCCUCUCAUCCCUCCGCGAAGCGAAAUCGCAGGCCACCAGGGGCUCGGUCCUCAUCACCACAUCCCAGGGCCGAUUCUUCUCCAACGGCCUCGAUCUGGGCUGGGCCCGGUCCGCCGGGUCCAGAUCCGAGGCCGCCGAGCGGCUCAACCACAUGGUCGACUCGUUCCGCCCCAUCGUCGCCGAGCUGAUCUCCCUCCCGAUGCCUACCGUCGCCGUCGUCCAGGGCCACGCCGCCGCCGCCGGGUUCGUCCUCGCCCUCUGCCACAACUACGUGCUCAUGAGGAGCGACCGAGGGGUUCUGUACAUGAGCGAGGUGGAUCUGGGGAUUCCCUUGCCGGACUACUUCACCGUGCUGUUUCGGGCCAAGAUCGGGUCGGUUUCGGCCCGGCGGGAUGCGCUGCUGCGAGGGACGAAGAUCAGGGGAGCGGAUGCGGCGAGGCUGGGGAUCGUCGACGGGGUGAAGGGUAGCGAGGAGGAGCUGGAGGACGCUGGAAUUCGCCUGGCGGAGCAGUUGGCGGCCAGGAAGUGGGACGGCGAGAUUUACAAGGUGAUAAGGCAGAGUUUGUAUCCGGAGCUUUGUGGCGUCCUUGGUUUGGGCGUUUCCAAACCAGUCUUGUCCAAGCUUUGA